AUGUCUCAAGAUCAUAGAAAACUUGACUCUGAUCUAAUAUGGAACAGUAUCAAGUCUCUAAUCAACAGUGAUGCCUCAUUGAAAGUGAAACACAUCAUCGCUCAUAUUCGGGAGACAUUCAACUACACAAUCUCUUGCAAAAAGGCAUGGAUUUCAAAGAAUAAGGUUAUCGCUGCUAUUUAUGGAAACUGGGAGACUUCAUACAACGACCUGCCGCAAUGGUUGUUGGUCAUGAAAACAUUUCUACCAGGUACUAUAAUAGAACUCGAGACCCUUCCUAUAUUUUCAAAUGAAGGGACUCAAAUCAGUGGUGCUAGAGUUUUUCACCGCCUUUUUGGGGCUUUCCAACCAUGCAUCAAGGGUUUUGCAUUCUGCAAACCGGUGGUUCAAGUAGAUGGCACAUGGUUAUAUGGAAAGUACAGGGGAACUUUGUUAAUGGUUGUGGCACAAGACGGAAAUAGGAACAUAUUUCCAAUAACUUUUGCAUUGGUAGAGGGUGAAACCGGAGAAGCAUGGAGUUUUUUCUUGAGAAAUCUUAGAAUGCAUGUGACAUCACAACCCAACCUAUGUUUGAUAUCAGAUCGACAUGAGUCAAUAAAGAGUUCCUAUAAUAACCCGGAUAAUGGCUGGCAACACCCUCCCUCCUCACACGUCUAUUGCAUCAGACAUAUAGCUCAAAAUUUCAUGAGGGAAUUCAGAGACAAGGAACUUCGGAAAAAAAUUAUUAACAUGGGGUAUGCAUUAAAUGAGGCAACAUAUGAAUAUUACAGGGGAGAGAUACGUAAGGUUAACAUAGAAGCGUUACAAUGGGUAGACAAUAUUCCAAGAGAAAAAUGGACGAGAUCAUUUGAUGGAGGGAAACGUUGGGGUCAUAUGACUACCAACCUCACAGAAUCGAUGAACUCAGUUUUAAAAUCCAAACGCAACCUACCUAUUACCGCUUUGGGAAUUGAGGAGGAAGUAAUCAAAUCAAAUAGCCACACAGUUAUGCAAUUUGAUCGUGAGAGGUUCUGCUUCCUGGUCCAGGAAACUGUUCAUCAUAGUGACGGCAGACCGACUACCCAUUACAACGUCGACCUUCAGAAUCUUACGUGUGAGUGUGGAAGAUUCCAAACGUUUCAUGUUCCUUGCUCACAUGUUAUUGCAGCGUGUUCAAGCAUAAGACAAGACUAUUCUGUGCAUAUAGCUGACGUGUUCAAAGUUGUAAACGUAUUUAAGGUCUACGAGGAAAGUUUCCUCGGGAUCCCGACCGAAACAAGUUGGCCAUAA